AUGUCCGACGCCAUCGUCAGCGACCCGUCGGCGUGGCUCUACGAGGCGCAGGGCCACCUCAACCAUCCCAAGGGUGCCAUCACCCUCGACACGCGCUGCACCGGCAUGGGCGAUACGACGAGGUGCAUCUACCACCGCUCGAGACUACCCGAGUGCCCACCAUGCACCAUCGGCAACGCAAAGGAGCCGCGCACGCUGUCACUCUUCGAGCACUUCAACGGCACGCACUGGGACGG